AUGAAAACGGUGACUCGUGACAAAGAACAUUUGACAACAUUUCCCGAUGAGAUCAUCGCACAAAACAAACAAGUACAACUCUUAUCAUUAGAUAAAAAUGGUAUUUCCGAGAUUCCUUCCAAAAUCAGUGAGUUGACUGAGUUGACCAGUUUUUCUAUUUCACAAAACAAAAUUUCAAAAAUCCCGUCCGAAUUAUUUGCGCUGAAAAAUUUGCAGCGGCUUGUUUUCGCCCAAAAUUCUAUAUCUUCUAUUCCCGAAAUUAUUGACUCUUUAAUAAAUUUAACAGAACUCAACAUGUGUUGUAACAAAUUAAGUGCGCUUCCAGCCUCGAUCACUUCUCUGACCAAUUUAAUUAAGUUGAACGUCAUCUCAAACUUUUUAACUGAGCUUCCUCGGAACAUCUCGACGUUAUCGCGUCUUACGUACAUUGGUCUGUCGCAAAACGAUUUUCACGUGUUGCCGCCAUCACUUUUUAGUCUGAGUGGACUGAAUGAACUUGAUACUGAAUUCAAUAACUAUUCCGUCAUUCCGCCAGAGAUAUCACAUUUGAGUAAUUUGACAAGAUUGAACGUCAGAGGAAACGAGAUUGAAAAUCUCCCGAAUGAGAUGACGUGUUUGAGUAAUUUAGAGAUUUUAACUGUCGACAACAAUCCGUUGACGCAAAUCACGUUCUCUCAAAAAGUCUUUCCAAAACUUCGAGAAUUCAACAUGAAUUCGACCAAAAGCCCGAAAUUUGACGAGAACGAAGGCCCGGCGAACAUCAAAAAAAUCUCAGCAAUUGAUGCGGGGUUGGGGCGACUUCCGGCGAGUUUUUCAAAAUUUGAGAACCUCGAAGAUUUUGAUGUGACAGGAAAUAGAUUAGACAAGAUUCCAAUAGUUCCACGGCGCGUCGCCAUGUGUCGGGUUAAUUGCAAUGAACUGAAACGCAUUGACUUUGAAGAAAAUUCAAAUAUUCAAUUUUUCUAUGGGAAGCACAACACGUUAGAGGAGAUCCCUGUUGGGUUACUGAAUGUUACUCGCAUGAAUGCGUGUGACUUAUCAUGGAAUCGGAUCAAGUCUUUUAAUCCGCGUAUAUCGUGGAUACGGCUUCAAGUUUUAGAUCUUUCAUUUAAUGAGUUAAGCGUGAUUGACAUGACGAUCUCGAAAUUAGUGAAUCUGAAACGAUUAAAUUUGAGUUUCAAUUCGAUUGUGAGUGUUCCGAAUUAUAUCUCGAAUUUGAGUAGUUUGGAACGAUUUUAUAUUGCCGGAAACAAAUUGAAAGAUUUGCCGAAUGAGAUGGAAAGUUUAGUUGAGCUGACCGUUCUGCAUUUGGGCGAAAAUCAAUUUAAUGAGAUCCCGCCGGUGAUUAUUAAGAUCCCGCACUUGUUGCGGCUCCACAUCUGCUGCAAUCCGAUCUAUGACGUGAACAGUUUGUCUGUCCUCACUGGGUUGAACACAUUGGAUAUAGCCAAUUGUUAUGUGAAGAAUUGUGAAUUUGUGAAUGGCAUGAAGGAGUUACAACAGUUGUGUCUUGCCAACAAUUAUAUCUCGAAACCACCGACCUUUGGGGAGAAUUGUAGUAAAUUAGUUCAUGUCGACGUGAGCUUUAACGCACUUUCUGAGAUGCCGAAUUUCGAGAACCCCGCGAAUUUGGCGUUUUUGGACUGCUCAUAUAACGAUCUAGACUUCUUCAAAGAGUUCAAUAAAUUUGAAGUCUUUGGGAGGAAGCGAGGGGUGCUAGAGAGUACUUUAGAUAUGAAGAAAAAGAAGGAGGUAGUCGUACGAGUUGAUGGGUGUAUUCGUCUGAAGCAGUAUAAGUUCUUAAAUCGCUUUGCGGAUCUUUUAAAGUUCCGGAGUGUUCCGACGACACUUUCUACGGCUCAGAUGUGUAGUGAUAGAGACGAGAUGCAGGACUCGAUGUUGUGUAUACCCAAUUUUGCGGGGCCUGAUCACUUUUUGCUUGGUGUAGCUGAUGGGCAUUAUGGGGUUCAGACGGCGUAUUACUUCAAUGUGAUGUUUCCUGAUAUCUUCUAUGAAGUUCUUAAGAAACCUAUAACUAUCGAAGAAGCCUUUAAAGAAGCUUUUGAGGUGAUUCAAUGUGAGUUUGUUAAGAUGGGAGUGAAGGAUGGGGCUUGUGUGACGGUAGUCUUUUUAACGCCAUUAAAGAUAUAUACCGCGCAGUGUGGCGAUUGUCGCGCAGUCUAUGUGACGUCGGAGAAAGCAAUUCAGUUGUGUACUGAACAUGAGCCAACGAUGAAAAUGGAACAAAAAAGAAUUAAGAAGGCGGGAGGGUUUGUCGAUGCUGCGGGGAGAGUAUCUGGACUUCGCGUCUCGCGUAGUGUAGGAGAUAUAGAAAACAAACCCGUUUUAACACAUAUCCCCGAGACUACUGUAUAUGACAGAGGAAGUGAUGAAGAGUAUUUAAUAGUAGCUUCUGAUGGGUUAUGGGAUGAAGUAACUAAUGAAAUGGCUUAUCAAUUAUUACACUCAAAAAGAUCGAUAUUCAGAACAGGUGAGUUGGCUUCAAUGAUGAAGGACUUGGCCUUCAUCAGUUGUUCUUCAGACCAGUCUGCAGAUAACAUCUCCAUUGUACUCUGCAGGUUCUAA